AUUUAUUGGCUUGCAAUCUCAACAGAACCGCCACAACCAUAGUUCACUCCCAAAGGCGAGGAUGGCGGCGGUAGUAGUGAACGGCUGUGCUGACUACUCUACAACAAUUUCAUCAACAAAACUCAAAGAGUGUAAUGAGAUUGAAGACAAACAGUUAAAUGGUAAAAUAAACCAUCACAAAAAUGGUUACGUGAUGUCACCCCAUUUGGCGAAUGGUGUCAGCAAGCCGUUCACGGCAGAGGAAGAGACGUGGGACGGUGUGGGGCAACCGCCGCGCAUGCAGUGGGCCCAAUACGACACCGACCCCGGCUCAUUCGAGAAGUGCUCGCUGCUCACCGCGGCUCUCACGCACCUCGGCCUCUACCUCCUCAUGUUCCUUGGCUUCGUCAAUCAACUCCUUUUCAAACCCAAAGUGGCAACUGAGAGAAACAGAGAGGGCUACGCUCCCCUGUACAACCCGUUCGAGCAGUUCUUCUCGCGGUACGUGUACCGGCGCGUGCGCCACUGCUUCAACCGGCCCAUCUGCUCCGCGCCCGGCGCCGAGGUGCUGCUCAAAGAGCGCACCACGAACGACUACAACUGGACGUUCAGCUUCACGGGCCGCGAGGUGCGCUGCAUCAACCUGGGCUCGUACAACUACCUGGGCUUCAGCGAGGACGCGUGCGGCGAGGCGGCGGCGGCGGCGCGGCGCUACGGGCUGGCGCUGGGCUCGCCGCGCGCCGAGCUGGGCGACACGCCGCUGCACCGCGAGCUGGAGCGCACCACGGCGCACUUCCUCGGCGUGGAGGCGGCCGUGGUCUUCGGCAUGGGCUUCGCCACCAACUCGCUGGUGCUGCCGGGGCUGCUGGGCCCGGGCUCGCUGGUGCUCAGCGACGAGAACAACCACGCGUCGCUCAUCCUGGGCCUGCGGCUGGCGCGCGUCACGGUGCGCGUGUUCCGCCACAACGACCUGCAGCACCUGGAGCAGCUGGCGCGCGCCGCCAUCGCCGAGGGCCGCUGGGACCGCGUCGUCGUGGUGGCGGAGGGCGUGUACAGCAUGGAGGGCUCCGUGGCGCCGCUGCGCGCGCUGGUGGCGCUGAAGAAGCGGCUGGGGCUGCAGCUGUACCUGGACGAGGCGCACUCGGUGGGCGCCAUGGGCCCGCGCGGCCGCGGCGUGGCCGAGCACUGCGGCGUGGACCCGCGGGACGUGGACGUGCUCAUGGGCACCUUCACCAAGAGCUUCGGCGCCGCGGGCGGCUACAUCGCGGGCUCGGCGGCGCUGGUGCGCCACGUGCGCGCGCACGGCCACGCGCAGGCCUACGCGCACAGCAUGGCGCCGCCCGUGGCCGCCAAGGUGCUGGCCGCGCUGCGCGCCAUCGCCGGGCCCGCGGGCCAGCGGCGCGUGCGCCAGCUGCGCGCCAACACGCACUACUUCCGCGCGCGCCUGCGCCGCCUGGGCGUGGUGACGUUCGGCCACGAGGACUCGCCCGUCGUGCCCAUGCUGGUGUACACGUUCAGCAAGAUGGCGGCCACGGUGGAGCGGCUGACGGCGCGCGGCGUGGCCACGGUGGGCGUGGGCUUCCCCGCCACGCCGCUCAACAAGGCGCGCAUCCGCUUCUGCCUGUCGUCGGCGCACUCGCGCGCGCAGCUGGACGCCGCGCUGGACGCCAUCGCCGCCGUCGUGGCCGAGCUGGGGCUGGCCUACUCGCGCCGCUAGCCGCGCCCCGCCCCGCCGUAGCUGUACUCAAUAAAUUAUUUCUCUCCCGACGCCGCCUCCUCAUUUCGUCCCCCGCCCCUCCGCCCCACAAUGGGCUGAAAAAGGCCGGUGGUGGUGUUUUUGGAAAUUUAAAUUUUGUGUUGGAUUUGUCUAUCGAAUAUAAGAAACUAUUACUAAUAAUGUCUUUCUGAUAACUUACUAUUUUCGGAGUUAUUAAUUUCCAAAGUCAUUUUUGUACGAAACAAAACAAAAAAAUGUGAAAUCUCCCAAUUCUCAAAUUUUCUCAAAGAAUUGACUUAAUGUAUGCAUAGGACGUAUAUUUUUCCUAUUUUAACGCGUAUUCUCAGGUCUC